UUUGAGGAUACUAUUCGAAGAAAUCGCUUAAAUAUUGGGAGUUGGUUAAAAUAUGCUGCUUGGGAAGAAAGCCAAAAGGAGUUGAAUCGGGCGCGUUCAGUGUACGAAAGAGCACUCGACGUGGAUUCUCGAAAUGUAACUCUUUAUAUUAAAUAUACAGAAAUGGAAAUGAAAAAUCGUAAUAUAAAUCAUUCGAGAAACUUAUUUGAUCGUGCUGUAACUUUACUACCGCGGGUAGACCAAUUUUGGUAUAAAUACACUUAUAUGGAAGAAAUGUUGGGUAAUGUGGCAAAUGCUCGCCAAAUUUUUGAACGAUGGAUGCAAUGGGAACCUGAUGAAUCAGCGUGGAAUGCGUAUAUAAAAAUGGAAAAAAGAUAUAAUGAGAUUGAUAGAGCCAGAGCAAUUUAUGAAAGAUUUGUUAAUGUACACCCAGAACCCAAAAAUUGGCUUAAAUGGAUAAAAUUUGAAGAAGAGCAAAAUAAUUUAGAAAAAUGUAGAGAAAUAUUUAGUCAAGCAAUUGAAACAUUGGGUGACGAUCAUAUGGAUCAAAAAAUUUUUAUUGCUUUUGCGAAAUUUGAGACUAGACUAAAAGAGUUUGAAAGAGCUCGAGUCAUUUAUAAGUAUUCUUUGGAAAAACUGCCUCGAUCAAAAUCUGAAUCGCUUUAUAAUGCAUAUACACAAUUUGAAAAGCAAUACGGAGACAAAGAUGGAAUUGAAGAUGUCGUCGUUGGGAAACGAAGGGCACAAUAUGAAGAG